CCGAGCCAAGACCCCGGUGCCGUGCUGUGCCCGGACGCGAGCGGCUAGUAGUAGAAAACCAAGAGAGAGGCAGGCAAGAACCGCUCGCGGCGGCGGCGGCAGGCGGCUAGCGGGGAUGGAGCCCUCGAGGGUGGGAAGGCAGACGGUGGACGCGUACCGGAAGGCGCUGGCCACGGCGGCCUCGGCGGCGGCGUACGCGGUCAUGGCGCGCGGGAUGGCGCGGGAGCUCCUCCCGCCCGAGCUCCGCGCCGCGGCGCGCUGGGCCGCGUCGGCGCUGAGCGCGCGCCUCGGCAUGGGCGGGAGGGAGCGCCGCACGCUCGUCGUCCGGAGCCAGCAGGCGGGCGGCGGCGUCGGGCGCGAGGAGAACCUCCUCUUCGACGCCGCGCGGACGUACCUGGCCUCCAGGCUCGACCCGCGCGCCAUGCACCGGCUGGGCCUCACGCUGGCCCGCGCCAGGGACGGCCACGGCGGCGCCGGCUGGCGGAGGGUCCUCUUCCUCGAGCCCGGGGACUCCACCGUCGACGACUUCGAGGGGGUCCGGUUCACUUGGGCGUGCGUCGAGGCGCCCAGCGCCGGCGGGGGCAAGAAGAAGGCCAGGAAAGGCGAGCCCGGCACCGGCGGCGACCGCGACUUCGUGCUGCAGCUCAGCUUCGACGCCGAGCACACGGACGUCGCCAUGGACCGGUACGUGCCCUUCGUCAUGGGGGCCGCCGAGGAGGUGGAGCAGCGUGACCGCGAGCUCAAGAUCUGCAUGAACGAGGGCCGGUCCUGGUACAUGGUCAGCCACCACCACCCGGCCACUUUCGACACGCUCGCCAUGGACCCGGAGCUCAAGCGCUCCAUCAUCGCCGAUCUCGACCUCUUCGCCAGCAGGAGGGACCACUACCGCCGCAUCGGCAAGGCCUGGAAGCGCGGGUACCUGCUCUACGGCCCGCCCGGCACCGGCAAGUCCAGCCUUGUGGCCGCCAUGGCCAACCACCUCCGCUACGACCUCUUCGACCUCGACCUCGCCCAUGUGCACAUGAACACCUCGCUGCAGUGGCUGCUCAUCGGCAUGUCCAACAGGUCCAUCCUCGUCAUCGAGGACAUCGACUGCUGCUGCAAUGCCAUGUCGAGGGAAGAUGGCAAGGCGCCGGCGCGUACCGGAGACAGUGGUGGCGACGACGAAUUCGGCAACGGCAACGCAUCGGAUUCGGACGCUCCCCUACCACCGGCAAAACCCAAAAUCAAACCCAAAUCAAAGAACGAUCAGGUACCUGCCGCGGAGGGCAUCACCCUGUCCGGGCUGCUCAACUUCAUCGACGGUCUGUGGUCGACCAGCGGCGAGGAGCGCAUCAUCGUCUUCACCACCAACUACAAGGACCGCCUGGACCCGGCGCUGCUCCGGCCGGGGCGCAUGGACAUGCACGUCUACAUGGGCUACUGUGGCUGGGAGGCGUUCAGGACGCUGGCCAGGAACUACUUCCUCGUCGACGAUCACGAGCUGUUCCCGGAGAUACAGGCGCUGCUCGCGGAGGUGGAGGUGACGCCGGCCGCCGUGUCGGAGAUGCUGCUGCGGAGCGACGACGCCGGCGUCGCGCUCCGGGGUCUCAAAGAGUUCCUCGAGGAGAAGAAGCAGCAGGCGAUGCCUGAGGCGAAGCAGAGCGAAGAAGAGGCAGAGGCAGGGAAGGCAUGAACCAAAGGGGAUCGCGUCGAGAAUUCGCUAGGGAAGGGAGCGAGAUGAGCCGAAUUGGCACACUGUCACGUUGCUGCUAGACACUGGUGGAGUGUGCUGGUUUACGCAUGGCUAUCGUAUUGGCAGAUCGAUGAUGCUCUG